CAGACGAUGGCGCUGGUUGUCGAGACAGGAGAGGUGACGGAGGCGGGGAAAAGCUCGCCAUUACCGCAUUUCCCCGUCAAUUUACAGCGAGUUCUGCCCAGAACAAUACCAGGACCUGUCAGUCCACAGAAUAAAGGAGCUAUAGACUGGGGUUGGCAAGGCUUCUUGGCAUAUGGGGCACAAACAACAGUAGUGGUGGUAGACCCUGUGACUCUGCAGUGUGCCCAAACACUUUCCAAACACCGCAGCCACAUUGUCAAGGUACGAUGGAGAAAAACACGACACUACCACCAGCUGAGUACCCCAUACAGUCUUAGUUUGGCCUCGGCAGACAGCAAUGGCACAAUUCAUGUUUGGGAGGUAACGAGAGGGGAAGUGACAGCCACGCUCCAGGAUGGCAAUAAACCAAUACAAGAAUUGGAAUGGUUGGGUGGUGUGGAUGGCAGUGAGCACCUCCUGGCUGCACUCCACCCCCCGUACUCGCUCGUCAUCUGGGAUACUCGCCACAACAAUAAACUCUGGAAGAAAUCCUAUACAGAGAACUUAACUGCAUUCCAUUUUGAUCCAUUCCACUUCAACAAGAUGGCAUUUUUGUGUGGUGGAUGUGUUCUGUUUGUUGAGGACUUCAGUCUCACAAAGUGCCCCUCUUCCAAUGGACGGAAAUUCUACGUCUCUACUCCUAGAACUAGUCCAGGAAAGGUAGCAAACUCAAUCCCCUCAUCAAUCAGCUCUAAUUCCUUAAGUGAUGAGAGAACGAGCAGUAGAAUUCGCCGCAAGAUGAGAGAGCUGGUCAUAGGGGAGGGUAAGCCAAAGAGUGAAGAGGUCAGUCAGCUGGCGGAGUGUUUACAGCUGAUGUAUCACCAGACAGUGCGCGAUCAGCUGCUUCUCCUGUAUUCACGAGAGAUCCUGGUACUGGAUCUUGCCAUCAAUCAAACUGUUGGUAUUAUAGUCAUCGACAGGGCAAUGUCGCCCUUCAGCCAGGUGUUGUCAUGCUGGCAGCGAGAUGUUCUCUUUUGUCUACACGAAUCUGGUUCUGUUUCUGCUCACUUUCGUCGCCGACUUCUGCCAAUGCCUUCAUCCCCAGACACAGACAAAGACAACACUUGGCAUGCAGAUGGCGGAGGUGCUGGUGAGCAGUAUUAUGAGGUUAUGUAUGAUCGGAAGUGCCACUCGGAACCUCUUCGUCUCAACAAGCAAAGUCGGCCCAUUGGGCUCUCACUUGAUCCAGUGUCCGAAAAACAAAUAGCUAUGGUUUUGGGUGACGGUCGUGUGGUGUUCAAGCAGGUAACUGCUUCCCCAAGCCCUGGGCGUCAAGCUGUCAGCACUCCGCUCUUCACUCCUGGAGCUCCCUCGGCACCGUCUGUUCCGGCACCACAUACGGGUCUCAAUAUUACAGACAACCACUUUAGUCUGUCCACCUCACCAACUGGAGUCCACAUCAAUAUGCCUAAAACCUCAUUGGCUGAUAUGGUGAAGCCCGCUUGGGCUUUAGCUGAUAAUGUUAAGGAACUCGGGCAUCGUGUUAACCUCCGAAUUUUGAUGACGGGUCUCAUGCCUGCAAUGUCCCCACCUCCUCUGGUGAUAAGAAUGUGUCCACCUCUCACCACUCGAAAUAUCCACCAGUAUGUGCCUCGUCUCGCAGCUGGGACGCAGUCAGGGGUGGUUCAAGUGUUCAACGUUGCUACGGGCGUGUUGGAGAGAGAGUUUGCUCUUCAUACAUAUCCUGUCAGAGGGGUUGAGUGGACAAGCCUGACUUCCAUCCUGUCCUUUGGUCACCAGCCGCUCACAAACAGUCAGGGUCUUGUGCGUAAUGAACUCAUGUACACUGACAUCCUCACAGGACGAACCAUUACCUUAAGACCAAAUAAGAGCGAUGAAACGAGCAUUGACAUGGUUAGAGUUUCUUAUUUAAAACAAUAUUUUAUCGUGGUCUUCCGAGAAGAUCCAUUUGAAUUGUGGGAUGCAAGGAAACUGGUACCACUACGGACAAUGCCACGCCGGUUCCCUAGGGUAUCAGCUCUGGAGUGGUCCCCAACCAGUCACGUCAAGACACGGCGAGAGUCCGAGAGCCACAGAUCAUUGUCAGAGUCUGAGCCUGGGAAGAAUGAGUCGGUGGUUCCCAAAGAGGCACCACAGACUGAAGUAUCGAUGACGGAGUCUAUGUUAUCACUUGCUGAUGUGGGAGGGGACCGAACAAGCAUUGCCAAAGAAACCUUCGUGUUUACUGACACUGAGGGUCAGUUGUAUCACUUCUCAGUUGAGGGCAAUGUGAUUAAAGAUGGGACAAAAGUGCCUCCGGAUUCUCAGAUGAGUGCCAUUACCUCCAUUGCUUGGAAAAGUCAUGAAAUAGUACUCAGUGAUGCUGAUGGUAAUCUGACGGUGUGGGACCUAAAAACUCGCAUCUCCAGACACAUUGCCACUCAUCGCGGUUGGAUACGUAAAGUGCGGUUUGCCCCGGGACGGGACAACAUGAAACUUGUUGUGCUGUUUGCCGAUGGAAUUGAUAUCUGGGAUGUAAGAGAUGUGGUUCUAGUAAGCCAGGUCAAGUCUCCACGGGACAUAGUCAAAGUGGUGGACGUUGACUGGGGAGCAUCGGACCGGCCUGUUCUGGCCACCAUCGAUGGAUGUCUUCGGGUGAUGGAUAUGUCGCUCAAGUCUUCCAGUACACCAAUAUACAAGUAUUAUACCAAAGAGCCAAUAGUAUCUCCAUAUCUGUUAGCGGGUGAGGCCUCACUGAACUUACGAACAUUAAUGACCCAGCAGCCAUGGCGGCCCCAGUAUUCUCUCUCAUUCACAGGAGAAGAUGGCUUCACACCAGAACAACUGCAUAAUAUAGAGAUUUGGCUCUCGCGAAUUCCAGGGGAACUGCGUGAAUUUUUGGAGACAUGUGGCUCAACAGCUCAUCGUGCUCUGGUGACUGCACAGUUGUUUGGUGACCAAGGAGAAAUAGACUUCUGGACUGUAGCUACCCAUUACCUCACACAGCCAGCACUUCCUAACCCAAAGGAUGAAAGCAGCAGUAGCAACAGCAGUGUUGGUAGUGCCGAACUAAUUCAACUCGGGGACUCUGCAUCAGAGAAGAGUGGUGGAAGUGAGGACCUGUGUCCUCCGACAGCUCUGCCACCCUCCCACCCGCUGGAGACUACUUACCAUCAUCUGUGUGAUGCUGCCACUUAUAAACAUCAUGAACUGGAGCGUUUAGCUAUACAUGAGAGUAAGAAUUUAGAAGGGACACAGCGAGCAACUCUUGGUCGAUGUCUUGCUGUGAUUGGGGAAAGAGAUCGUGCCGUGAGACUUCUGCUCGAUGCGGAUGCUUCAAACCAACACUUCUACACAGACUGCUUACGAGCAUGUUUACUUGCUGCAACCCAUCACUCCACUCAAGCUCAGUCGACAAUCAAACUUGUAGCCACCAACUUGAUUGCUGCAGGCAAUAUAUGGGAAGGAGUUGAACUGUUGUGUUUGAUUGGUAAGGCUGGGGAUGCUUGUCGUUAUCUGCAGUCCUACAGCCACUGGGAACACUCGGUGUGGCUGGCCAAAUGUGCUCUUCCUAUGCAGGAAUCUGUUGAUAUCCUUAAACGUUGGGCCCAACACCUCAUCACCUCAGGCAACAAGGACCAAGGUGUAUGCGCAUUGCUAUCUGUGGGUAGUAUAACAGCAGCACUAGAACAGCUUGUACAGCAGCAUUACCACCAGAGAGCAGCUUUAUUGCUUGCAGCUGCUCAACAGCUUCAAGUUUUGCCCAGCUCACAGCAACAGCAGCAGCCAUCAGCUGGAUCUUUGGGUUCACACUCAGGGUUCUCUCCAGUUCUUUCUGGUGCAGCUUCCAUGGCUUCUUUUGCUGAAAACAUUCAUAGGAAGUAUGUCCUACAUCUGUUCAGCCUGGGAAACAGACCGGCUGUGACGUAUAUCUGUGGUUUAAUGGGAGAAAAGGGACAGAGUCUGCUACAGGAGUUGGACUCACUACAGUAGAUCAGGACCUCUCACUUACCUCCUCUAUAUACAACUCCUGUAUAUACAACUCUCAUUCCAGGUACAAUGUGAUAUAUAUAGAAGAGAACAUAAAAACCUUCUAUGAAAAAAUUCCUUCUAUGGUUAUGGUAUUUUAAAUUGAACUGGAAAGAAUUAAAAUUCAUUUUAAACAGAUUUAAAUUAAAUGGAUUGCUGACAUCUAAACAGUACACACUUUGGUUUUAAAUACUGUAUACACACACCACACUCAUGCAUAUAUCAGUCACCACAGACACCCACACCCAGGCCUACACCACUGUGGACACCAACACCCAGGCCUACACCACUGUGGACACCCACACCCAGG